AUGUUUAUCUGCUCACGUCUGGUUGUAGUAUCUGUUGCUGCAGGACUGUUAUCCUUGGUACAGGGACAGAACUCUGAUGAAAGUGUGCUGAUCGAUCCUCGGACGCGCCUGUCAUCAAACAUCACAUUACCCGCCCCUGGAUCUCCCAUUCUCCAAAGCGACUUUGAGAUUCCUCCUGAUUGUGGGGAGACAAGCUACGUUGGGUCUGGGCGCUUGAGAGGCCGACGAGCACUCAUCACUGGUGGUGAUUCCGGCAUUGGGAGAGCUGUUACGAUUGCAUUUGCACGCGAGGGUGCCGACGUCGUCAUCAACUAUCUGCCAGAAGAACAAUCAGAUGCAGAUGAUGUUGUCUCUGUCAUUGAAGCGACCACCAAUUCCAGCAUCUAUAUUAUACCGGGGGACCUCCGGAAUGAGACGUUCUGCAAAGAACUAGUCCACAACGCUGCAGACUUGCUGGGAGGACUCGAUAUCCUGAUCAACAACGCUGGCUAUGCACUAGCAUCACCCAACAUCACGUCGCUAACCACCGAAAGCUUGACGCGCACCAUCGAGACCAAUGUCUUCGCCCCGGUUUUCCUCACCCGUGCCGCCGUGCCGCUCAUGCCUCCUGGAUCCAGCAUCGUCUUCACGGCAUCCCUGAUAAUUGAGAGUCCAUCGUACCUGAUGGCCGACUACGGCGGGUCCAAGGCGUUCCUGCUCACGUUCGCUCAGUCAAUGGCCGCAGGCCUGAUGGCUGAGGCCGGAAUCCGCGUUAACGCCGUGCGGCCGGCCAUCACCUACACCCCGUUUCUAUCCUCGCAGGGCCAGACCGCCGAAGGCGCCAUGCGUAUCGGCGCCGCCACACCUCUUGGAAGAGUCCGGCAUCCGGUCGAGCUAGUCCCGCAGUAUAUGGCGCUUGUGGGCAAUGAUCCGGGUUACACCACAGGCGGAUUUUCUUAG